GCUAGCCGAGCCAGCCUGCGGAGACUCCCCGGUUCGCUCGCCGGGCUGGGGCUUGGAGCUGCAGCCCGGGCGGACCGGCGGACGCCGAGGGCGGCCCCGGGCGUGUCACUGAGAAGGAUGCGGUGGGCGGAAUAGGCGGAGGUGCUCUCGGGAGGCUGGGCGCGGGCCAGGCGGCUCCCCAGGCUCCGCAGUGCCGCCGCCGUCGCCCGGGAGGCUGGGCGCGGGAGCCAUGUAACCCUGCGGCGGGCUCGGGGCAGCUCCGUUCUUCCCCAGCUCCCGGGCUAGCGCGGCAGCGGGGCCACGAUGAAGAAGCAGUUUAACCGCAUGCGCCAGCUGGCCAACCAGACGGUGGGCAGGGCAGAAAAGACUGAAGUUCUGAGCGAAGACCUUCUCCAGGUAGAGAAGCGCCUAGAGCUGGUAAAACAGGUGUCCCACAGCACACACAAGAAGCUCACCGCCUGUCUGCAGGGCCAGCAGGGAGCAGAGGCCGACAAGCGCUCUAAAAAGUUGCCUUUGACGACACUGGCUCAGUGCCUGAUGGAGGGGUCUGCAAUCCUGGGAGAUGACACACUUCUCGGGAAGAUGCUGAAGCUCUGUGGAGAGACGGAGGACAAGCUAGCUCAGGAGCUGAUCCACUUUGAGUUGCAAGUGGAGAGGGAUGUGAUCGAGCCCCUGUUCCUGCUAGCAGAGGUGGAAAUUCCAAAUAUCCAGAAGCAAAGGAAACACUUAGCAAAGCUGGUGCUCGACAUGGAUUCUUCACGGACCAGGUGGCAGCAGACUUCCAAGUCUUCAGGGCUUUCCAGCAGCCUUCAGCCUGCGGGUGCCAAAGCCGAUGCCCUCAGGGAGGAGAUGGAGGAGGCUGCCAACAGAGUGGAGAUUUGCCGGGACCAGCUCUCCGCCGACAUGUACAGUUUUGUGGCCAAAGAAAUUGACUAUGCAAACUACUUUCAGACGCUAAUAGAAGUGCAAGCUGAGUACCACAGGAAGUCGCUGACACUGCUGCAGGCUGUGUUGCCCCAAAUCAAAGCACAGCAGGAGGCCUGGGUGGAGAAGCCUUCCUUUGGGAAGCCCCUGGAGGAGCACCUCAUGAUCAGUGGCCGAGAGAUCGCCUUCCCUAUAGAGGCAUGUGUAACGAUGCUCCUGGAGUGUGGAAUGCAGGAAGAGGGCCUCUUCCGGGUAGCCCCCUCAGCCUCCAAGCUGAAGAAGCUGAAAGCUGCUCUGGACUGCUGCGUGGUGGAUGUGCAGGAGUACUCGGCAGACCCCCAUGCCAUUGCAGGGGCUUUGAAGUCUUAUCUCCGAGAGUUGCCAGAGCCUCUUAUGACCUUUGAACUCUAUGAUGAAUGGAUCCAGGCUUCGAAUAUUCAGGAACAAGAGAAGAGACUUCAGGCUCUCUGGAAUGCUUGUGAGAAGUUGCCCAAGGCCAACCAUAACAACAUCCGAUACUUGAUCAAAUUUUUAUCCAAACUGUCUGAAUAUCAGGAUGUAAACAAGAUGACACCCAGUAAUAUGGCAAUUGUCCUGGGACCCAACCUUCUAUGGCCACAAUCAGAGGGGAACAUCACGGAGAUGAUGACUACAGUUUCACUGCAGAUCGUCGGCAUCAUUGAACCCAUCAUCCAGCACGCAGACUGGUUCUUCCCUGGGGAGGUAGAGUUCAACAUCACGGGCAGUUAUGGGAGUCCAGUCCAUGUGAACCACAACGCCAACUACAGCUCAAUGCCCUCCCCAGACAUGGAUGCUGCUGACCGGCGUCAGCCAGAGCAGGCCCGCCGGCCCCUCAGUGUCGCCACAGACAACAUGAUGCUGGAGUUUUACAAAAAGGAUGGCCUUAGGAAAAUCCAAAGCAUGGGUGUGAGGGUCAUGGACACAUCUUGGGUGGCUCGAAGAGGCUCCUCUGCUGGUCGGAAAGCAUCCUGCGCCCCGCCUUCCAUGCAGCCUCCCGCCCCACCCUCCGAGCUGGCUGCACCCCUGCCAUCACCCCUGCCGGAGCAGGGCCCAGACAGCCCUGCCACUCCAGCUCCUGCGCUCUCUCCAUCAGGUGCCAGCCUGCAGCCCACCCCCGAGCGCCCCAGUGUGUCUAAAAGCAAGGAACUGUCGCCAGGGGCUGGGCAGAAAGGAAGUCCUGGGUCCAUCCAGGGGACAGCCAGUCCAGGGACGCAACUGGGGCCACAGCCGGCUGCCAGCCCCAGCCAGCUUUCUGCAGACCAGAGUCCUCAUACACUCCGGAAAGUUUCAAAGAAGUUGGCACCAAUUCCUCCCAAGGUCCCCUUCGUGCAGCCAGGGACUGUUUCUGACCAGCCCACUGGCCAGCCAUCCCCAGUCAGCCUGUCUCCAACUCCACCGAGCACACCAUCACCCUAUGGACUGAGCUACCCUCCGGGGUACUCCUUGGCCUCUGGCCAGCUCUCUCCUGCCUCUGCUCCUCCCCUGGCCUCUCCCUCUGUCUUCACAAGCACUUUAGCCAAAUCUCGGCCCACCCCUAAGCCCCGACAGAGGCCCACCCUGCCACCACCUCAGCCUCCCAGUGUCAGCCUGUCAGCCUCGAGUCCACAGUCCACAGAGCAUCCCAUGCUAGAUGGCAUGUCGCCGGGAGAAAGCAUGUCUACAGAUCUUGUCCACUUUGAUGUCCCCUCCAUCCACAUAGAGCUGGGGUCAACGCUCCGCCUGAGCCCCCUGGAACAUGCACAGCGGCACGUGGUGACUGACAAGAGGGACUCAGAAGAAGAGUCUGAGAGUACAGCUCUUUGA